AGAUCUAUCUCUCUCUCUCUCUCUUUCUGAAGCUGCUGGGUUAUACUUAUACCUAGCUGACAUUUAUAUACUAAUACCAUAAAGUCUUGGUCUUACACUCUAAUAAUAGCGGCCCCUUCUUUUUCUGCCACAUUCAUUUUUGGUUUGAGGAGGUUUGUACUUGAGCUCAAUUUCUCUCCUGUUUUGCAUCUGUUUUUUCGUUUACAAUGAUUUACACAUCAAUUUCUUAUGAGAAUCCAUGGGCAAAUGCAAUCAAUCCAAAAGUGAUGAAGCUUUCAAGAAAGCAACCACAGCAUCCUUUUCACUUAAAACCCAUCAUUCGUUGUCACCGCCAAAACCCAGAUAACACCACCAUUCACAACCCCAAACAACCCAAAAUCCAGCUCAAAGAUCCCAUCUUGGUCACCCCAACAACGACUCAAGUUGUUUACAGAAAAGCCAAGAAAAACAGGGCCAAUGUGGAAAGGAGAGGCCUUCCCAAAUUGGGAAGUCAACAAAUGAUGAUUUUGUGUGGAUUUGGGUAUUGGGUUCAAGGCUUUAGGUGCUUUCCGUGGUUGGCUUUGAACUUUCACAUGGCUCACAAUCUUAAUAUGCACCCUUCAAUAUUGCAACUUGUACAGCAUUCUGGUAAUCUUCCCAUGGUGGCUAAGCCCUUGUAUGGACUCCUCUCUGAUGCUUUUUAUAUUGGCGGUGCUCAUAGAAUUCCUUAUGUUUCCAUUGGAGUUCUUCUACAGGUCCUGUCUUGGGGAUCACUGGCUCUGGUUCCAGUUGCAGCUAAGGCCCUUCCAACCCUUAUGGCAUGUGUUCUUCUCAGUAAUCUUGGAGCAUCAAUUACAGAAGUAGCAAAGGAUGCUCUUGUUGCAGAAUAUGGCCAGCAACACAGGAUGAAAGGCCUCCAGUCUUAUGCAUUCAUGGCAUUAGCUGCCGGUGGAAUCCUUGGGAACUUAGUAGGUGGAUAUUUCUUAAUGAAAGCACCACCCCGAACCAUGUUUCUCCUGUUUUCGGUUUUACUUUCCGCUCAACUUGCAAUUUCAUCGAGAAUAAGAGAGGAAUCUCUUGGUUUACCACAAUUGUCAGACCAGAGUCUUGCAGGGAAACCAAUCUUGGAAAGUCUUAGGAAACAAUUGUCGGAUCUAAUGAUGGGAAUUCAAGAGCAAAGCAUUGUUCAUCCACUUACUUGGAUUGUAGCUUCUAUUGCCAUGGUCCCGGUUCUGUCAGGUUCCAUUUUUUGCUAUCAAACACAAUGUCUAAAUCUUGAUCCUUCGGUCAUUGGCAUGUCUCGAGUGAUUGGUCAGUUGAUGCUUCUUUCCACUACCAUACUUUACGACCGUUAUUGGAAACAAGUUCCAAUGAGGAAGUUGGUUGGUAUUGUGCAGUUUGUGUAUGCCUUUUCCCUUCUUCUUGACUUUGUUUUAGUGAGACAGAUCAAUCUUAGGCUGGGGAUUCCCAAUGAGGUUUUUGUUCUUUGUUUUUCGGGAUUAGCAGAAACAAUUGCACAGUUCAAGCUCUUGCCUUUCUCAGUCCUGUUUGCCAAUUUAUGUCCUCGAGGUUGUGAAGGAUCUCUCACUGCUUUCUUAGCUUCAGCCUUGAUUUUUUCAUCAAUAGUUAGUGGGUUUUUAGGUGUUGGAUUGGCUUCUCUGAUUGGAGUAACAGCUGGUGACUACUCAAGCCUGCCUUUGGGCAUUCUGGUACAGUUUCUUGCAGCUUUACUUCCCUUGGGAUGGAUUCAUCAUUUACCCGUGUCAGAAGCUAUUGUUGGGAAGGAGAGGAAGAGAAGUUUAAGUAGGAGGAGUCAGAAAAAUAGAAGGGUUGGUAGAGUGGUGUACGAUACAGUAUAUAUCUACAGACGAGAGAGAGAAUCUGAAGCACAGAGUUGAAGAAUCAGACUUUCUUGUGGAUUAACAUUUCUUUGGGGGGCAAGGGGUUUGAAAAUGAGAAGCAUAUGCGGGAUUGCCAUGAAGAGAACCUGAAAGUUAGAGAUGAACAAUUAAGUCACUUCCUUUGGUUGUAGCAAAGGUAUUUUGGAUUGACUGACCGUUGUUCAUGCUGUUCAUACCCUCCUCAACUUAGAAAGAGGCUCCAUCUCAGUUACUGGUACGAAUUUUCAGGAAACGGCUACCUCAUGUUAAAUGGAGCUGAAUUUUGAAUAAGGUAAUCAGUUGGUUGUAAUAGAGCUUUUGUUUCAAAAAUCAGCAAUACAGAUGCCAUCGGGCAUGAGCUCUUCAGACAUGUACCCGGGGCUUAACCCAGGAAAAGGAAAAGGCUCGAUGAUUCUCUCCCAGAGAUUAGUGGAAUGAGGUAAUUGUUUUGUAGAUCAUAUACUCUAUGGUGUGACCAACCUAAAAGUAAAAAAGGAAGAAAUACUCUUUAUGUACAAAUUUUGGGACUUCUACUUGUAUAUAUUGGAGAUACGGCUCAGGCGUACUCUGGCCUCUCACUUCCUUUUCCAGAUUUAGAGUAAUAAGCAAA